UGGCGCAACGUGCUGGGCGAGCAGCUCUUCGAGGACAAGAGCCACCACGCUAGCCCCAAGACGGCCUUCACCGCCGAGGUCCUGGCGCAGUCCUUCUCCGGCGAGGUGCAGAAGCUGUCCAGCCUGGUGCUGCCAGCGGAGGUGAUCAUCGCGCAGAGCUCUAUCCCUGGCGAGGGCCUCGGCAUCUUCUCCAAGACGUGGAUCAAGGCGGGCACGGAGAUGGGCCCCUUCACCGGCCGGGUCAUCGCCCCAGAGCACGUGGAUAUCUGCAAAAACAACAACCUCAUGUGGGAGGUGUUCAAUGAGGACGGCACGGUGCGCUACUUCAUCGAUGCCAGCCAGGAGGACCACAGAAGCUGGAUGACCUACAUCAAGUGUGCACGCAACGAGCAGGAGCAGAACCUGGAGGUGGUCCAGAUCGGCACCAGCAUCUUCUACAAGGCCAUCGAGAUGAUCCCCCCAGACCAGGAGCUGCUGGUGUGGUACGGGAACUCCCACAACACCUUCCUCGGGAUCCCUGGCGUGCCCGGGCUGGAGGAGGAGCAGAAGAAGAACAAGCAUGUCCACCCAGCUGAUGUGGUCCUCAAGCCAGAUUCGCUCCUGGAGCCUCCCGAGAGUCUCUGGGCACCCUCAACUGGGGAAGAGCGCCACGGAGAGCCCGGUGCUCCGGAAUGGAGGGAGCGCGACCUCCAGGCUGCCUCCUGCCUCCUGGGACUGGUACCCUUGUAG